AUGGGCUCGCACCUGCCGCCGCGCCCCGAGCCCCAGCUGGUGCUGCAGCUGGCGGCCGGGGCUCUGCAGGCGCAGAACUUGGAGGCGCCCGGCGGCGGCCUGGGGCCCGAGUGGCAGGUGCUGCUCGGGCGGGCGGACGCGCUGGCCUUCGGCGGGCGGCUGCACGAGGCGCUGCCGCUGUACCAGCUGGCGUCCCGCCACCAGCAGCUGCGCGCCGAGCAGCUGGAGAAGCUGGUGGAGUGCCUGGCGCAGAGCGUCCGGAUCAAAGAGGGACUGCCCGCCGCCGGGCAGCCCGCGGCACCCCGCGAGUGGGACGUCUUCAGGUGCCGCAAAUGCCAGGGCUUCCUCUUCGAGCCCGUUUCCUUGCCUUGCGGACACACGUUCUGCAAAAAGUGCCUGGAGAGGGACCGGGCGCCCGAGCCCCGCUGCGUCCUGUGCAAGGAGGCGGGCGGCGCGGCGGCCGGGCAGCUCCUGCGGGUCAAUGUCAUCCUCAGCAACCUGCUGACCAAGUGGUUCCCCUGCCAAGUGAAGGCUUCGCAGCUUCGGCACGAAGGGAACCUCCUCUACAAGGAGAAGAAGCUCCAAGCCGCCCUGCAGAAGUACAACGAAGCGGUCAGCCUAGCUCCAAAUGACCACUUACUAUAUAGCAACCGGUCCCAGAUUAACUCCACUUUGAAAGCUUGUGAAGAUGCGUUGCACGAUGCAGAAACAGCGUGCAGGCUCCAGCCAUACUGGUUGAAAGGUCACCUAAGGAAAGGACAAGCAUUAGCUAAUCUGGGGAAAACAGAAGAAGCUUUAAGGGAGUUUCUAUUCUGCCUUGCUCUAGAUACUGGGAACAAGACAGCCAAGUCUGAGGCACAAAAGCUUCUACUUAGUUUGUUUUCACUCAUCCCGGGAAAUGCUCAGGAACACUUACCCGAUAUCCUGCAGCUGUUGUCACAUCACUCUAGAUUAAAGGGGAAUCUCCUAAAUUCAGUGGGAUCUGGAGGCACCAGCCAUAACCUACAAAGGUUGCUCAAGGUCAAUGUGGAACAGAAAAAGGGUUUUUCCAUUCAAGAGGAACCAAAUGUAACUACUGCUGGUAGUUUGAGGAAAUCUAUACAAAUUACAGAGAGCAAAAAGGACUGCUCAGAGGAGGAGAACAAAUUCACCUCCAUGCCAGAGUCUACUUUUCUCCUCUCUGAGAAAUGCAGCCUCCUGAAAAGGAAGUGCUGCUCAGAGGAGAUGCGAAAUGCUGAGGUGCCCUGCAAACUGAUGAAGAAAGACAUUGUUGAUAUUAGGGAAAAUAGUACUGGACAACAUAUUCCAUUUGAAGUUGUGGAUCCAUCAGAUUUGGACUGCUCCCUGUGUAUGAGGCUCUUCUAUGAACCUGUCACUACACCUUGUGGACACACCUUCUGUCUCAAAUGUCUGGAGAGAUGCCUGGAUCACAACCCAAAAUGUCCCCUGUGCAAGGAAGGGCUCUCAGAGUGCUUGGCUAUGAGGAAAUACUGUAAAACAGUGCUAAUGGAAGAGCUAAUAGCCAGAUAUCUUCCAGAAGAACUCACUGAAAGGAGAAAGAUUUAUGAAGAGGAAAUAGCAGAGCUUUCCAACCUAAAUAAGAAUGUUCCCAUAUUUGUGUGCACCAUGGCCUAUCCUACAGUGCCAUGUCCUUUGCACAUCUUCGAGCCGUGCUACCGGCUGAUGAUCCGCAGGUGCAUGGAGACUGGCACCAAACAGUUUGGGAUGUGCAUCAGCGACCCUGUCAAGGGGUUUGCAGAUUAUGGCUGCAUUCUGGAGAUAAGAAAUGUUGAAUUCUUUGCUGAUGGUCGCUCUGUUGUCGACAGCAUUGGCAAGAGGAGAUUUAAGGUGAUCCAGCACAGCCAGCGUGAUGGGUAUAAUACAGCAGAUAUUGAGUACAUUGAGGAUCAAAAGGUGCAAGGACAAGAGUAUGCUGCAUUACUUGUUCUCCAUGACUCUGUCUAUGAUCAGGCCUAUACGUGGUUUAACUCCCUCAAGCAAGCACUCAAAAGUCGAAUUCUCAGUCAUUUUGGUCCAAUGCCAGCUAAGGAUCCUGACCCACAGGCUAACCCCAAUGGGCCAGCCUGGUGCUGGUGGGUCCUGGCUGUGCUUCCCCUGGAGAACAGAGCUCAGCUGCCCUUCCUGGCCAUGAAGUCGCUCAGGGACCGCCUGAACGGCAUCAGGCGCGUGCUGACCUUCAUGUCGCGCGCCAGGGCGCGGUGACGGUGAGAGCGGCGCUGGGAGGCUCCCGCGGGCCCUGGCUGCAGCCUGCCCCUUGUCACUUCAGCUAACUGCAAUAAUGUCUUACAGAUGGGAGUGUCGGGAUGUUUCAAACCCGAGUUUCAAAGAGAAUGACUUCUAAAGAGCAGGGGAUGUUUAUGGAUACUUCAGUGGUUUCCAUUUGGAACUGAGACGAGUAUUCAAUCACUGCACUGCUAAAUUAAUAACAAAUGUGAUAGAACAAAAAGUGAUCUUGUUUGCCAUAAACCUUUUAAAAAUCUUAAGGGUUUUUUUAAUUUAUUUUAUUUUUAUUUUUUAGUGGAUAAAGGAUAAACUGUGCAGUUUAAUGUGAAGCAGAAAUAUUAAGGUUUAUGCGUUAUUUCAGUGAACUGCAAAGUCUUUUAUUCAAAUGGUUCAGGUUUUAUAUAGCAUUGUGUAAAAUAAUGUUCACAACUUCUGUUUGAUAAUUUAUUUUUGCACUAUGAUUUUUUUGUUUCAAAAUGUAUAUUAUUUAUGUGUUCAUUCACUAAAGGAAAGUGAGCUGCUCUAUUUAUAGUGUUUUUACCCUGUAUUUAUGACUGGGGACAAAAAUGAUGAUUCUUGCAGUGCACAAGCAACUGCUUCGAUAAUUUUUCAGUUAUUUGUGUUCAAAUACUUUGAAUGUUUUUUUUACUCAUCCCCAGUUCUGCUGUAGCUUAAGAAUGCCCCCAAAACAUCCUGCCUUGAAGUCUUUGAAUACACAGAUUGUCUGAGUUAAUUCAAGCACAGCUGUUGAAGGUUCAUCCUAUGCUUGUGGAGAGGUUCCUGAUACAACCAAACAGUCAAGCACCUGCUUAAGCAUGUGUUUAUGUGCUUGGGUGAAUUCAAGUACUGAUGGUUGAUGUCAGUGGGAAUUGACCAUAGUGGUUGACAGAAGGAUCUAACCCCUAAUAUUUCACAGAACAGAGUAACUUGAAGUUGAAUUUAUAUCUGAACUCUUUCUUGCAAAAAUGGACAAUGGCUACAAACAACUGCGAAGAAAGAGCUGCAAUAUAUGGAAAGUGGCUUAUCCUAGAGAAAACUGGAAGUACUGGUGUCCUUUCAUUGUAGGUUAAUGCAUAGAUUUUUUUUUUCCCAUCAACUCUUGUUGCUGUUGAGUUUUAUUUCUUUUAACUGUUUGGUGGGAUUUGGCUUUGGAGUGUGUGUAUGGGAGGGGGAGGGGGGAGUUAUUUUGAACUGUAGGACUCAGAGGGUAGUUUGUGUCACAUAAGAAGGAAUAUGUUGUAAUAAAUGCUAUUUAUUUCACCCCAAUCUUCAGGUUUCUGUUAGCUUCAAAUCUCUACCCAGCCAUUGCUUUUCUCUUAAGAGAUUGGGUAGUGUUGCUAAUAAUAGUUAUCUCCCAAGGAAGGCAAGUGAAUUUUAGCAUGAUUACUUCUAGCUAUAAAGCAGGUAAAAAUAGGGCAGAAAUGAGAACAGGAAGUAUCUUGGUUUUGAUUUUUUUUUUUAAUCAACAGUUCAUAUACUUGUUUUGCUGCUUUUGUUGCUUACAGUGUACCACUUUCUGGGACUGCUCUUACCUCCAUCUGAUUUUGACUUUCACUGAUUUCAAUGUGAGCAAAAGUGGGCCUUUAUUCUGAGCUACUGUUUUCCAUUUCAAUGGCAAGAACUAGAAUGAAGUGAGAAUGUUAUGGAAUGCUAUAAAUUUCUUUCGGUUUUUCUAAUGCAGAAUAGCACUGCCAUUUCAUGCCUUUAUGAAAAAAAAAAUGCAGUAGGAUUUAAUGUAAUUUUUCUGCAUGUUUUUCCAUUAUCUCAUCAGAAAUAUUUUUUGUUAAAAGUAGUUUCCAUAAAGCUACCUUUGUUCCCCUUUUGUUAAAUUCUGUUGAAAUUUUUUAUAAGGGUACCAAAGAAACAAAUGGAAGACAAACAUGUUUCACCCUUGUGGUGCACAUGGAAUCUGUAUCCUGUUUGCAUUGGGCUACUUUGGAAAUGCUGUAACUUCCUUCCAUACUGCUGGAUUGCUGCACUUCCUCCAUGAGUGGUAUUUGGCAUGCUGUAAACAAUGUAUAAAAACACCUACAUCUUCUGAACAGUACCAAGUGAUGCUGGCUGACACCUGCUAUGGCAUUUUGUGUUCAUAAGUCAACAAAGUGGUUUCUACUUGUUUGGAAGUGAAGAUGCAUUAAAUGCAAUUCUUCCACAAACCAUUAUGUACUGUUGCAGAGCUUAAGUGUCUCAUUGCUCCCACAGGAAAAAAGCUUCCACUUUUGUUACUCUUAUCUGUGAGAAAAGGAGCCUAAAUACCUAAUUUCAACUGUUUUCUCACUGAUGUAAUUAUUUUUUUUAUCCUGCACGCUGUGUCUUCUACAUCUCAUUCUGCCUAUUUUGUUGUUUUAGAAAAGAUGUCAUGGAAAGAAUCCUUGAUUUUAAAGAUGAAUAUUGUCUUUUCUGUUAGCCUUGAGUAAAGCUGCCAGAAUUUCCAAGCAGAGACUUGUGUACAUGCCCUGCAUCGUGAGCACCCAGUGCAUUUGUUGCAGCCUGGAAACACUGGACCUACUGCAUGUAAUGCAAACAGGUGAUCUGCAUGCACAACAAAUCAAAAUUCCAUCUGUACAGGUACAGUAGCAUUCUUGCUGGGGCUGCUCUGUGGCCACACGUCCUAGAUUAAUGGCUAAAGUCUGCAAAUUCCAUCAGAAAUGAAAACCCAUACUGAGAAAGAUACAUGCUAGAGAACACAAACCUGUCCAGGUAAAAUUGGACAAGGAGUACCCUUAGCCUUCAUUAUGUUGAGAUGGUAAAGUUUCAGUAAUGAUGUUUAAAAUAAAAAAAAUCUAGGUUUGCCACACUACCGCUGAUUUUUUCAAUUGCAUAAAUAAGUACAAGGAUGUAAAUGCAACAUUUAUCACAGGCAUGAAUAAACAGCUGAACAGAUUUAAAAAUACCUUCAGUUUAAUUAUAGAAACAUUGAUCAGAUAAAGUACUAAUUGGGGGAAUAUUUUAUUUAAGCUGUGCUCACAUUUUUCUAGACACCAAACCCAGUUUUAUAACCAGUCUUGCUCAUCUGCUAAAAACAAAAAACCCAACAAAACCAAAUCAUGAUUCAAACUUGCAUUUCCUGUGUGGUCAGAAGUAUUGAUUAAUCGUUGUGGGGGCAUAGGUAAUGCACAGGCUGCUUAGGCAGUAGUUCAGUAGUUUUAAUAAUGAAAUGAGAAAAUGGUGUGAAUAGGCCUUUAUGCUAAGUCUUAAGUGACAUUGUGGUGUUAGCUGUAAAAGUUCCUCUUGCUUUUUUCUGUAAGUACUUUUAAGUGCUGCUGUCUUCCAUGACAAUGUAGCAAUAAGUGAUACCAGACUGUGGCUCGCCCGUCCUUCUGAACUGCAUGACUGCUCACUGACAGAACACCUCAACUGUGGAUUUAUUAAUCCAAAGAUUGUUUUAAUCUAAAAAAAAAUGUGGGUUUGGAUGUAGCAGGUCUGUGUUAAUCUGUGCUGUAGAGAAAGAGCUUCAUAGAGUUGAGUUCUGGUUUAGAUGGUCUUUUCACAGAAUCCUAGAAUCCUGUGUUGGAAGGGACCUCAAGGAUCAGCUGGUCCAACUUUUCUUGGCAAAAGCAUGGUCUAGACAAGGUGGUCCAGCAGGCUGUCCAGCCAAAUCUUACAAGUGUCCAAUGUUGGGAAAUCCAACACUUCUUGGGAAGAUUACUCCAGUGGCUGAUUGUUCUCAUUGUGAAAAUUUUUCUUUUUAAUUUCUACUUGGUGCUGAAGUUUUACUGGUGUUUAAAUCAAUGACAGGAGUUGUAUUUUAAUGCAAUGUUUAGGAAUGAAGAACAUGUUCACAAACACUUAUUUAAAAAGAAAGUGAAAAUUAACUAUAGGGUUUUUGUGCGUAAAAACCCCAUGGACCUGUAUGCACUUAGUGCUCCCCAUUUCCCCCAAGUCCUACAUCAGAUGAACACAAUCCCUCUUUUCAACCCCUGCAUAGUUCUGAUUUAAUUCACAACUGAAACUAUAACUAGUUCAGCAUGGAAUUUAGGAGCUGGGGUUUAUUUCCAAAGCCCAGUAAUUCACUGAAAGUCUUAUGGCAAUAGCAAAAUGGUAGUUUGAGCAAAGUCACUCUCUUGAAACACUUUGCUAAAUAAAUAUUGUCUGAAAGAAGAAAGAAACUAAUCUGCUUAGACAGGAUUAAAAUGGUGGAUAACAAAAACCUGAACUAUUACAUUGACUUACUCUCAUCCAGGUAUCAUGUGAAGUGCUUACUGAUGUUGGAUUUUCAUAAGGUCUAAAGUAACCCUCACAUAGAAGUGCCUGUAUUCUGUUAUUGCCAUUCUUGAGCUUUUUAAUAGUCAUAGCCAUAUAUUUUAUAAAUAUAAAACAUAUGCAGCUUUUAAUCUUUACAUUCAGUUUGCAGAACAAAGGUUUACAGAGCAGAAGUGUAGCAAAAACAAUGUAAUAGCUUCUAUAAUUCCCUGAUAAGGAACGGGAUGAAAAUGAGGAGCAAAAGACUAUCUGUGCAAGAUGUCUUAAUUUGGAACCAUAUACUUGUCCAACUUAAUUCCAUCAAGCUAUGUGGUUACAAGAGUGCCAGAAAUAUAUCUAUCAAGCCAUUUUAAAUAAAAUGUUUUGUGGACUUGUAUAUUCCAUUUGUUUGUAAAACAUCCUUUUGUGCACUGUAAUGAACUUGAAAUGAAACUUAAGUUAUACUCUCAUAUCACUGGACAGAAUACUGUUCAGCUACCUCUACAUAAGUUUGAAGUAAUUUGUUUUUUUCCAGAUUUGUUUGCAUUGUCAUAUAAAAUAUAUUUUAAAAAAAUCAUAGUCCAAAGAACCUGUAUGUGUUUGUAGAUGUACUUAUAACUAUGUUGUACCAACAAAGUCUGUGUGGAGAGUUGUUUCCUAAUUAAAAUUUUUGUCUUCUUUACUCUUUGGCUUGCAUGACAACUACAGAGACAAACAAAUAGUACAGGGGAGCUGCUUUUUGCAGGUCUUUUAGAUAAAGGAACAAAGAAAACUCCUCUGUCCUGCAGUCACACAACAACACUUGAAGUCAAGAAGCCAAACCAUAGAAAUGAAGUUGUUCAAACCUCAGAUGUUGUGAAAGAUGACAGCAGGUGCUGCUGGUUUUGGGGGGGGGUUUGGCUUGGUUUUAUUUCCCCUCCUCUCUUCCUUUGUUGCUGUGGUAAAGUGGACAGGAUGGGAGCUGAAGGAGGCCUGGCUCACUGCCCUGCCCUGCCCUGCUGUGGCCUUUGGUUCCUCUGCUGCAUUACCAUUUGCUGUACAGCUUGCUGGGGUUUAAACCUAUGUCCAGGCUCCCUUUUCAUGUACUGUCUGAGGCAGGAGUGCAUCCCAGCCACAUUUAAGCUGUGUCUGUGUGGUGAUGAAAGGACCGUUCUCAGUGGUGACCAGAAGUUCCACAGGGCUAUCAAACUCACCUUCACAGAGAAAGCCAGAGAACGCCUUUAUUCAUAAACCUAAUACUGAGAGCUUAUUCUACAAAAAAUAUGAAGAUUUGAAUUUUUUUUCAAGUUACAUAUGUAUGGGCUGCUUCCUUUGCCUUGUCAUUUGAGCAGGUUGUAGCAUGCUUGUGACUUGCUGCCUAAGCCCCAGCCACUGCUGGGGUCAGAGGUUGCCUUGCUGGCCUCUUAUGUAAGCUUGUUCAGCUCUGCAUUUACUUUAGAAUCCAGGGCACAGGCUAAGGCCUAUGCUGAGCCUACAACUCAGUAUGUCAAGGUCUCUGUUAUCUAUUACAAAAUAUAUUUGUGUCUGAUCAGAGGAAGUUUUCGUUGAAGUGCAUUUUCAUCAGGAAAUAGUAAAUAAUCAAAACUGGACCUUUUCUUGGGAACAUGUUGAUUUAAACCAUUGUUUUUAAGUCAUAACUUUAAUUUUGAAAGCUUGAAGAGUGGUUAUAGAAAAGGGGUUGAGAUGCAAAAUGAAAAAGAAUUUAACCCAAAUAUAGGAUAGCAAAAUAUUUCCCAACUACUUUCUCACUGUGUCCUCGUUUUAUAACUGUACCUACACAGAUUGAUUCAAAUGGUAUUUGAAAUAUGCUAAAGUCAUCCAGGCUUACAUAAUUCUUCAUAUUAAAAUGAUCAUUAGCAAUUUUGGAUGAUUUCUAUCCUGUAAAGCAGUUACAGGAAAACCUCUGCUCCCCAGUUCCCUGACACCGGACCCUGUGCUGACUUUGCUGUGCAUGGGAUCAGGACCCUCUGCCAUACUGGGACAUGGGACAGCUCCUGGCUGUGACCUGCCCCAGCUUCAAAAUGCUGUCAGUAACAUGUUUUUUAUUCUGUAAAUGAGAUGCCACAAAAUCCUGGAACUUCUUUUAAUGUGCCUUGGUUCUCUGUGUGACUGAGUGAAAGGGAUAAUGGCAACAGUUUCUAUCUUCAAAAGAGGUGCUGACUUCUUAAUUUCAACAGUUCUUUACUGUAGGAGCCAUAGAUUGCCUGGUCUUUGCUCCAUACCACUCCCAGUCAAGGAUAAGGUAAGGAAUGCCAUCUCUCAGCCUGUUGGCCACAUGUACAGAUGAAAGAAGACUAGAAACUGCUUCACUAAACUAUUGUAGUAUAAACUAUUGGGUUUUUAAAAGUCUUCCUGAUUUUCAAACAGCUUUUUAUCAUCAGUCACUAAUAUUAAGUUCUCUAAAACCUUCACAACAGAAGAACUGGUUACAUCAUGCUUACUAGACAAGAGUAAUGUUAUAUUUUAACUACACAGAUAAAUUGUAUAUUGAUACCAAAAAUAUACAGAGGCUACUAGAAAACUGAUGGAAAGGACAAGCUUUGCUAUGAGGACCAGCCUUCAGCUGCCACAUACUAAAUACUUCUCAGGACAGCAUGAUUUUCAAGCAGCUAAAGCCCAAAAAUCACUGGCUGGAAGAAUCUAUAUAAUGCAAGUAUGCACAUGCUGUCAAUACCUGUUUUAUGCUGGUGUAACGUCUUUUGUUUCAGUAGAUCUGUUCUUGAUUUAUAAUUCCAUAUAAAUGAAAGUAGAAUUAAGCUAUUUAUGUAAGGGACUUUUAUAUAACUGACUUAUGCUGUAUUAUGUGAUGGCAAAAAAAACAAGCACAUGUCUCUUUUGUGUUUUCUAUGAGCUACAGAAAGAUUUUGUAAAAGUCAUGCUAGCAAUAAACAGUUUUCUCUAUGA